UUGACUCGACGCGAUUUUCGCCUCACACGCUGACUUUAGAACCUAACCCCCGCGUCAGAUGCGACUCCUCUCUAUUCUCCUGGUGCAUCGCACGCCCUGAUCUCGCCUGUCCCUGUCCCCGAGCAGGAUUUCUGAUCCCCGGACCGGACGCGCUCUCCCGGAUGGAGCGAGGGGCAGAGCCGGGGGUCCCAGACCCCUGGGGCGCUGAGGAGACCCCGAGAGACGCCCGCACAGCGCGUGGGAACGAGGAGGAGGUGACUCAGCCAGGGGUGGCGAAUGAGACGCUGCCAGGAGGAGCUGGAGGGGACAUUGCCCAGAGUCCGGAGCCGGGGAAAGCCUCCGAGGGGCAGCAGGGGAACCCCACGGAGGAGAGUGGGGAUGAACCCACCCCCCGCGGGGGCGACACAAUGGACCCGAGCGAGGCCACGGCCCGGCCAGGGCGGCUCUACACCUGCCCGGAGUGCGGGAAAAGCUUCACGCAGAGCUCGCACUUCAUCCGGCACCAGACGGUGCACACGGGGGAGCGGCCGUACCAGUGCGCGGACUGCGGCAAGAGCUACCGGCAGAACUCGGACCUGGUGAGCCACCGCCGGCUCCACACGGGCGAGGAGCCCUUCCACUGCGCCGAGUGCGGCAAGCGCUUCCGCCAGAGCUCGGAGCUCAUCAUCCACCAGCGCAGCCACACGGCCGAGGCCCCCUACCCCUGCCCCGAGUGCGGCAAGCGCUUCCGCCGCAGCUCGCACCGCCUGGCCCACCAGCGCACCCACACCGCCGAGCGCCCCUGCAAGUGCCCCGACUGCGGCAAGGGCUUCCGCACCAACUCGGACGUGGCGCAGCACCGGCGCACCCACACGGGCGAGCGCCCCCACCAGUGCCCGGACUGCGGCGAGCGCUUCAGCGUGCGCUCCACGCUGGUCAACCACCGCCGGGUGCACACGGCCGAGCGCCCCUUCGCCUGCGGCGAGUGCGGCAAGCGCUUCACCCAGAGCUCCACCCUCAACCGGCACCGGCGCAUCCACGUGGGCGAGCGCCCCUACCGCUGCCUGGAGUGCGGCAAGAGCUUCAACCGCAGCUCCAACCUGCUCACCCACCAGGUGCUGCACACGGGCGAGCGCCCCUUCCGCUGCCCCCGCUGCCCCAAGAGCUUCAACCAGCGCGCCAACCUGCUGACCCACCAGCGCACCCACACGGGCGAGCGCCCCCACCAGUGCCCCGGCUGCGGCAAGCGUUUCAGCCAGAGAGCCAACCUGCUGGUGCACCAGCGGCUGCACGCGGGGGACUGACCCCGGCCGGUCUCUGGGGCGCUCUAGCCAGCCGCCCGCUCGCUGGCGUCGGGUGUGGCCGAUCGGGGACUCCUCCGGCCCGGCAGCCCCCGGCAUUCCUGACCAGCUCUUCCGUCCUGCCAGCCCGGCGUAGGGGGACGGCGUGAAUGGGCCGGAGGUGUUAACAUAACCCAGCCGCUGUCCACCGUUACACAGUGUUAAACACGGGCCGGCGUUGGGGUGCAGAGACCGCUGCCCGCUCAGCGCCAGGGCACACACCGUUCCGCAGCCUGGGAACCGUUUCGUAACGACGCAGCAAAGGCCGAGCCGGUAAAGCCUCUGCAGUGUGAAGUACGAAGCCAGCCAGGCUUACCCUUUUAGUGUCCGCGGUCCUGUUCCCGUCCGCCGGAGAGAGGAAAGGCCCUUUGUCUGAGCGUCUCCUGGGUGCAUCAGCGCUGGCAGUGACGGGACAGGAGAAGGGAGCUGAGACGGGCUGGAGCCAAACGUCUGAUCUGUUCAGCCCAGGUGUUGUCUGGGCUUUGGCUGGAGCUGGGGGUGGCCGUGGCCUGUGGGUCCCGCUCUCUGGCCCGGGCUGGGUGGACAUUUCUCAGGAUGAGAUCCCAGGAGACGGGGGUGGCAGCCAGGGUGGGGAAACUCGCUCCAGGAGACCCAUCUGGUUGUUUCGGUUUUCCCCCCAAAGUCUCUUUCUUUAAGGCCCUGCAAAGGGGGAGGUGGGCGGCCCGGCCCAGCCCCUCAUCGUUAUGUUCAGCAAUUAAAUUUAUUUCCAUACUGACAAA